AUGGCGCGCUUCCAGUUGGAUCCGUACCAAUUGAUCGACUUCCAAGAUGUGAGCAGUUGGAGCAGUUCCGUGUCGAGUGGAUUCUCUGAUGGCAACUACAUCUACCUCUACUCUGGCUCUACUGGCACGGUCUUGCGCGUAACCUGGGGCAUUCAGAACGAGGAAAUCACAUUGUCCGGCACUGUCUCUGGCUCCUUGGUGGAGUGA